AUUGAUGAGAAUUUAGACUGGAAAAAGCACAUUUUGGAACUCUGAAAACUACUACUUAAUUCAGCCACAUUUGCUUAUAGUUUCAUCGCAAAUCUUGGGCCGAGAGAAAUCAGUAUGUUGACGUAUUUUGCACAUUUUCAGUCAACAGUGUCAUAUGGAAUAAUGUUGUAGGGUAAUUCAUCUUUAAAGAAUUCUGCGUAGUUUAAGGACCUCCUGUAAGAAUGUGUGGUGCUCACCCAUGAUCACCUUGUUGACAUCUGUUUGAGGACGGCAGCAAAAUGUACGAGAACUUCAAAGGUGGAAAUGGAAAGUGUUUCCCGGAAAUAAGAGCUGGUGGUGACUGUCCUGUUUCACCUCUGGAACUGCUUCAAACUUCUGUUGUCCAAUCAGAAAUUUCAUUUGGGUGUCCACCUGUUUUGAGAGACAUCUCCAAUAAUUCACCAGUUACAUCGCAAAGUACAUCUCCAGGUGAUGUGAGCAGGGUAGUUGCUGAUCCGUGUAGUAGCUCGGAUACAGAAGGUGAAGUAAGCCUCUCUGAUGGCUUAAGAUUGAGAAGACUGUGGGUGACUGAGAAAGAUUGGUUGAACAAAGAGAUCCCUGAAUUAAGAGAGGUCAGAGAUUUGUUGGAGGAUGAUGCAAGUGUUCUGGCAGAAGAGGAUGAUGGUGCUGGUUGCCCUUUGCCAAGCACGCCAGAAGAUGAACAUCUUUUGGACUGUGAGAUGACUGAAGUUCUGAAAGCUGGUGUGCUUUCAGAUGAAAUUGAUCUAGGAGCAUUGGCGCACAAUGCUGCAGAACAAGCAGAGGAAUUUGUCCGAAAAGUAUGGGAAGCAUCAUGGAAAGUAUGCCACUUCAGAAAUUUACCCCAAUGGCUACAGGACAAUGACUAUUUACAUGCUGGACAUAGGCCACCCCUGCCAAGUUUUUAUGCAUGCUUCAAGAGCAUAUUUCGCAUUCAUACAGAGACUGGAAACAUCUGGACACAUUUAUUGGGUUGUGUUGCAUUUAUUGGGGUAGCUACAUACUUUCUUACGCGACCUUCAGAGGAAGUUCCGCUUCAAGAAAAACUUGUAUUUGCUGCGUACUUUGCUGGUGCUAUAGUCUGCCUUGGAAUGUCAUCUGCAUUUCAUACUGUGCACUGCCACUCAGAGUGUGUGGGGAAGCUAUUUAGCAAGCUCGAUUAUUGUGGCAUUGCAAUGCUAAUAAUGGGAUCAUUUGUUCCCUGGUUGUAUUACGGCUUCUACUGUGAUUUCCAGCCCAAACUAAUCUACUUGAGUGUCGUCAUUGGGCUGGGUGUAACAUCCAUUGUAGUAUCCCUAUGGGAUAGAUUUAGUGAACCUAAAUACAGAUCUUUACGUGCAGGUGUAUUUAUGGGCUUUGGAUUGAGUGGAGUUGUUCCUGCUGUCCAUUACGCUGUCUCUGAAGGAUGGUUUAAUGCAAUUGCUCAAGCAUCAUUAGGGUGGUUGAUACUUAUGGGAUGUUUAUAUAUCUUGGGAGCUAUGUUUUAUGCUCUGAGGGUACCAGAAAGAUUCUUUCCAGGAAAAUGUGAUAUUUGGUUUCAGUCUCAUCAGAUCUUCCACGUACUGGUCAUAGCUGCAGCAUUUGUCCACUACCAUGGUAUAACAGAAAUGGCUAUGUAUAGGCUAAAUGUUGGAGAAUGUCAAACUCAGGACACGCCAAUUGAUUCUGAAAUUCAUACUAUCAACAGGCAGUCAUUGUAAUUGUUGGAUGUGUGAGACUGUAAAAAUACGUGACUGUGGACAUCUGACAUGAUGGUCAGUACUCUAAAUGUGAGAUUGGUUAAUGAAAAUGAUUCAGCAACUAAGUUGCUGAAGAUCGUGUUAUAAAGAGAAAGAUGGUGCUGCAGUCAUGGGAAAGUACUUGAAGCAUAACAGCAAAAAGAGUUGUCAUAGUAAGCUGGGUGACCAGUAGUGGUCACUGUUUGGGAUUAAGACUUUUCACCUUCCAAUAUGUUUGUGUAAUAAGUCACUUGUGAUGAAUAUGACCAUACCUAGUGAAACACUAUGUCUCUUUUGGUAAGUUAUCGAGGCUGUUAUGCAACACUUAGCAUUGCACAUGUCUGUGUAGCAUUUUAAGUUACCACACCUUUCCCUGUUUGUUUGCGCACAAGCUUACUUUUGCUGAGUCAAAGAAUUAUCAUGUCAAAUAUCACCUUGUUUGAAGCUUUGUUGUAGGCUAAUAUAUAUUACCCUGCAAGAUAUUUGUGCGUGUCUUUUAAAUCUAUAGGUUUUGCUUUGGUGUCUAAAGAAAUGUCAUUGGGCCCUAAAACUUAAGAUUGAUUUACUUUUAGUAUACAGAACCAUUGGAAUUGUAAACAGAUCAGGAGGUAUACCCAGUAGACGUUAAAAAUUGUCAUGUGUAUGUUCUUAGUAUAAACUCUUACUACUUUACUUUUACAUGUUUGCCAUCACCAUUGUAGUUGUAGUGGUAAAGUGGUAUUACAUUCACUACAUAAAACGUCACAAAAAUAUAACUUUGUUUGAAACAUCAACAUAAAGACUGAGAGAUCACAUAAUAUAUGUGCUCAGUAUGUGAAAAUGUAACAAAGUAAUAUAUAUGCACACAAAACAUAUCUAGAAGAGCGUAUGAUCUCAGAGAGAAAUACCAGCAGUGUAAUAGGAAAUAACUCUGCAAAAAUAAGUGGCACAUUUGUCAAACACAUAUAUGUGGCUGGUUUCGUUCACCAUCAUUGCCCAUUCUGAGCAAGUGCGGUGUGUCUAAUAAACUUGUCAUCAGUGGGGUAUUAAACUCUAACCUUAUUUUUUGUAUGAAGUAACUGUAAAAAAAUAUGAAUACACUUCUUGUGUAUAUAAGUAAAACUGUCUUCAACUCCAACAUUGCUUUCAACACUGCUGUGCUUUCCUAGAAUUAGUUUCAUUGGAGGUGGUUUGUCUUUGUCUUCCUCCAAUCUUUGAACUUAAGUGACCCUGCCAUUUAUAAGGUGACCUACAUUUCCAUGUUGAACUCCAGACCACAGUGCAGUUUGCCACUUUUCACCUUAAUAAAUCUUUGCAGAGGUGCAAGAAGUGACAGGAAAAAUACAGGAGCAACUGGGGAUUGAACCCAGCACCUUUAGAUAUUUAAUACGGGAUUUACUGGGCCAAUGAGACUUAUACCCUUCUUGUAAAAGACCGCAAAGAUCAGGAGAAAGAACUACUUAGUCACUUAUUUAUUGAAAUAAAGUACUGUUGGACUAUUAUCUUGAGGUACUUUACAUGAGUAUCUAUGGCUAUACUCUGCAUAUCACUGAAGUACAUGACAGCGUGGGCAGUCAGACUGAUCUGCAGUGUCAGUUUGUAAAUUUCUUGUAUGCCAUUGUUAAAGUGUCUUGUAAUUCUGUAUCUGCUGUCAAGUGUGUGUGUGUGUGUGGGGG